AUUUGGCAUCAUAUUAUUAUUAUCAACAAGGCUGAUCCCAGAACAAAACGUAGCUUAGUAAAUUAAGAAUCUAGAUCUAGAUUCUAGAUCUACUAGACAUUCAUAGAACUAGAUCUAGUUGCUCAAAAAAUGUUUUGAUCUUCAUUAAAUAGACUUAGACUCUAGAUCUAUAUUGUGUCACAUUCAAAUUACAGAAAAUGGCUAGCGCAUCACUCUGGAUUGUGACGUGUUUAUCCGUUCUUCUUGUUUUGCUUUCUUACAGUUCGCUAUCACUUGUCGAGGCUGCCAGCUUUGAGGACACUAGAUGUAAGUGUGUGUGUGACAAGACCUAUGAUGCUGGUCAGAAGAAGCGAGCAGUUUUCACAAACACCACAAGAAGUGAACUCUGCGACUGUGAACAUGUUGUGAGGCCUAUAUCCCCCGGCAUGCUCUGCUCAAGGUGUUUGUGUAGAACAGAAACCAGAAACACAACAACCAUUAAGGUAGUAGUGAUCUUCAUAAUCUGUGUGAUCUCCCUGCUGUUUGUCUACAUGCUGUUCCUCAUGUGCCUGGACCCAAUCAUCCAGAGACGGCCAAACUACCAGCAACACACCAACGAGGAGGUGAAUAUGUCGACAGAGGCUGCGAUUCAGGAAGACCUAUCAGGCACCAGACCAGAAGGGGCCACAACUCCUACAAUAUCAGCAGACAUGGCUGCCAGGCAGCGCUCAUUGCUCAACAUUGUGCAGAAGGAACAGAAGAAGUGGAAGGGAACUGUCCAGGAACAGCGCAGGAACAUUUACGACAGACAUUCCAUGCUCAAUUAACUUGCAGUCACUGGUCUACAGCAUAUCUAAUCAAUCUUUUUAUUUAUUGAUGUCACUGUAAAAAGUUUAUUCUAUCUAGAACAAAUUUAUUCUUUUUUGUUUAUACUAUA